CUCCCUCACUUCCUCCCUUCUUUCUAGUUUACUCUGUCGCUGUCUCAGUUGAUUUUUUAGUUUUUGUUUCUACUUUUUUCGUCUUUCGUUCCACCUCAGUGUGAUAGUCAUAGCACCAUGGAGGUGUCUACAGCCGCCAUGGGGCCUGACACCCUUCUAACCCCUACCGUGCCAAUCCCGAGCCCCAGCCCCAACCCCAGCCCCACAUCCCUGGCAUCCCUCCCCACAGGGCCUGCUGUCCCUGUCACCUCCAUCCCUGUCACCCCCACCACCACCACCACUGCAACAGUGCUGACGACCACCAACGCUACGAGCAGCGCCAGUGCCAUGGCCACCUCCGCGCCGCCCGUCCCCCCCCUGGCCACCACGCUGGCCGGCAACCAGACAGCCCUCAACGGCACAGACCUCCCUCUGGUGGCAGAGCCCGCCGCGGGCAUGGGCAUGGUGCUGGUGCCCUUCGGCAUCGUCACCGUCCUCGCCCUGCUGAUCAUCGUGCUGCUUUACGUGAGAAAACGAAAAAGGCUGGAGAAGCUGCGGCACCAGCUGAUGCCCAUGUACAACUUCGACCCGGGCGAGGAGCAGGACGACCUGGAGCAGGAGCUGUUGGACCACGGCCGAGACGGCAGCCCCGCCGGACCCAACGCCAAGACUUUGACAACGAGCCAGGGCACCACACAGAGGCCCAGUCGGCUGGUCUUUACAGACGUAGCAGAUGCCAUCAACGCUUGAUGGCCACAAAUAGAUGGCUGGACACACUGCUGGACAGAGGUAUUGGAGGAUUACAAACUGGACAAGAUGGGAACACUGGCA